AUGCGACUGAGGCAAGAGAGGUUUUUCGAUAGGAAACGCUCUUGUAGGAUUUCUUUCGAGCGCGAGAACGGUAUGCUCUCAGAUCCUCAACCAGACUUCCACAAAGGUCAUCAGAAGGAAUCGUGCUCNCGCGAGAACGGUAUGCUCUCAGAUCCUCAACCAGACUUCCACAAAGGUCAUCAGAAGGAAUCGUGCUCGAUAGAUUAUUUAUUCAUUCCGCGUAUGAGGACAGAGCUAUUCAGCCGUUCAUGGAUUCAGACAAUUCUUGAUCGCCAAAACGGUUCUGAUGAAGAUCGAUUGAGAUUUGCAUUCCGUAUUGAUUAG